CACAGCGUGGUUUGUUUUGAGUGCACGUGCGCGACACUCGACCGCCGGUAAAAUCCCAAACAAAUAGCGAACCGUCAUCCUCGUAGUCAUCACAGACGAGAGCUCCGCCGGCAACAUUGAACUUCGGCGAUAGGUUAACGCCCUGAGCUAUUCCUAAUUGUUGACUUUGGCUCAUAUACGGCUAUAAAACCUUCGUGCUGUCACCGAUGGUCAGAGGAAGUUUGGGAGUGUAGGGAACACGGUCGAUCUGUGACGGGACGCGGGAGGUGGUGCCGCGCGGGCUGCGAGUUCUAUUCCCGCUCGGCCCCGCCCCGAGGUUAUUUAAAUAUAACCUGACGUGUUAUCGUCAGAACACUAAUACGUUUCCUCGACCGGCGCCCUUCCGACACGGACUAUUGACAGACGCGGCGCGGUAUCGCCUCUGUGGAAGUCGCCGAGAUAUUGGGACAUGUUGAGAGAACUCUGCGACGCCGACUGCUUCGUGAACGACUGAACAUGUGUGAUGAUAUCGUUCAUCACAUGACCAGUAUACUGAGCACGGCCUUGAGGAAGGGCGGCAGUAUACUUAGUUACCCUCAAAGGAUGUGCAACUUCAUUGUGCACGAGCGAUGCGUGGGGCAGGUGGUGACGCCGUGCUGCGGGGUGGCGCCGAGCCUUAUCAAGAAUCCCGUGGCUCAUUGUUGGUCGGAACCAACACACCACAAACGGAAGUUCUGCACGGUGUGCAGAAAACGGCUUGAUGAACUGCCAGCUUUACAUUGUAUGAUAUGCGAGUACUACGUCCACGGCGAGUGCGUGGACUUCGCGGCGGCAGACUGCAAGGAGAACGCAACCUAUUGCGCUGGCAGCGAGCCGCGGCACGUGCAUCACUGGCGGGAGGGAAACCUGCCCGCCAACAGCAAAUGUGCUGCAUGCCGCCGCGCUUGCUGGUCCACAGAAUGCCUUACAGGCUACCGCUGCGAGUGGUGCGGCAGCACGUGUCACGCCGGCUGCCGCGCUCUGAUUCCGGAGGAAUGUAACUUCGGGGCGCUGCAGCCGAUUUUCCUGCCGCCCUCCGCAGUGUCCAUUCCUCGCACGGAGGUCCCCAUGGAAGCCAUCAUCGGCGUGCACGUGCGGCCGCCACCAUCGCAGCGCGACUUCGGAUGCCCGCGGCGGCGCGGUGGCUGGGCGCCGGCGCGGCUCGUGACGCUGGCGCGCCGUCUGCUUCCGGCCGCCUGCAGCCCGCAUGGCGGCGCUUCGCCCCCCUACUCCAGAGCUCGCAGCGUGAGCGAGGAGUUCAGUUCGGGCUGCGAAGGCCGCUCGGGCUCCGGGGGCGGCUCCACCGGCGCUCCCGCCGACCAGGACCAUCGCCCGGACCACAAACAGCAUCGCGACCGUACACCUGACGACAGAGAUGAAGAGGUGGUCAAAGUGUACGACGGCGAAGCUGCGUGGUCUCGGAGAUUGUACCGGCCGGUGGUAGUGGGGCGGAACUUCAGCGAACGUGAGUUAGUAGCAGCUGCUCUCCGCGCCUUCCACGUGGCUCGCGACCCCGAGCAGUUCGAACUGACGGACGCUCUCGCGGGAGACGAGCCGCCGCUCAAGGACCCGACCCCACUGGCCAGGGUCACACGUCUGCCGAACAAAAGACCCGCUCUCUUCCUGCGAUUCAAGGAGGGUGAGUCGGGUGGAGGCACAGUGAGAGUGUACCCGGGGCGCGUAGCGGGCGCGGGAGAUGCCUUCGUGACGGUGCCGUGUAACGGAGACCACGCGGUGGCUGACCUUAUGGCCGCAGCGUUGGAGCGUUUCGGAUUAGAUCCCGGCAACGCCACGCUGGACUACCGCUGCUCAGAGAUACUAUUGGAUCGAGGAGUAUCUGAGCGUGUGUUGGACGAGUCGGAGCGUCCUUGGCGUAUAGUGGUCCGCUUGGCCCGAGAGUCUGUGCGUCGUAUGGAACUGGCGCGGUUCUACCUCCAGCCCCGCGCGGACCCUCACGGGCCAACGCUCGCGCUGUUCGUAGCCUCACUGCCGCCUGGCCUCUCCGAGAGGAACUACGAGAACAUCUUAGUGGAGUUCCUCGGAGCCGAGAACAAGUUCACAUCAAUCGGUCCCAUCUACUACGAGUACGGGUCUAUGGUGAUCACAUACGAGGACGCCAGCAAGGCGGUGCGCGCCCUGUACGCGCUGAGAGAGGCGCGUUAUGAAGAUAAGCAUUUACUGGUCAUGUUGUUACCGAGCAUCGAGCCAUCAAUGGUCCCGGCGGGGGUGAAGCCGCUGUUAGUUUUCGUAAACGUGAAGUCCGGAGGCUGUCAGGGCCUCGAGCUCAUAUCCUCCUUCCGCAAACUCCUCAACCCCUACCAGGUCUUCGAUCUGGAGAACGGCGGCCCUCUUCCUGGGUUGUACGUGUUCCGUCACAUCCCCAACUAUAAGAUCCUGGUCUGCGGCGGCGACGGCACCAUCGGCUGGGUGCUUCAGUGUCUCGACAACGUGGGCCAGGACUCGCAGUGCUCCAACCCUCCGUGUGCCAUCGUACCUCUGGGCACAGGCAACGACCUGGCGCGUGUUCUGCGCUGGGGCUCAGGGUACGCGGGUUGCGAGGAUCCCCAGUCGCUGCUGCGUGACGUCAUCGACGCCGAGGAGAUCCGCCUCGAUCGCUGGACCGUGGUGUUCCACCCCGAAGACAAGCAGGACGAACCCAAAGAACUCUCCAAACAACUGCCCGGCUCGCAGAGCGAAGACAACUCUCAGAUCCUCGUCAUGAACAACUACUUCGGCAUCGGCAUCGACGCCGACCUCUGUCUCGAUUUCCAUAACGCACGCGAGGAGAAUCCUAACAAAUUCAACAGCAGGCUCCGCAACAAGGGUGUGUACGUUAAGAUGGGUCUCCGUAAGAUGGUUGGCCGCAAGAUGUGCAAGGACCUGCACAAGGCCGUGAAGCUGGAGGUGGACGGCAAGCCGGUCGACCUGCCCGCUGUAGAGGGCAUCAUAAUUUUAAAUAUACUUAGCUGGGGUUCCGGCGCUAACCCGUGGGGUCCGGAGAAGGACGACCAGUUCAACAAGCCCAACCACUGGGACGGUAUGCUGGAGGUGGUGGGCGUCACCGGCGUCGUCCACCUCGGACAGAUACAGUCCGGACUGCGGGGCGCCAUGCGAAUAGCACAGGGGGGUCACAUUAAGAUUAAUCUGAAAAGCGAGAUUCCGGUGCAAGUAGACGGCGAGCCGUGGGUUGCAGCCCCGAGUGAGGUCGUCGUGCUCAAGUCAGCGCUCAAGGCCACCAUGCUGAAGAAACGCGGAAAGGUGAGGCGCCGCAGCACGGAGCCCUCGCUGGCGGCCCCGGGGCCCCCGGCGACUCCACUGCCGGCCCCUGCGCCGCCGCCCGCUCCCCCAGACUCCUGAAUCUGGCUCAGCGAGCGCCUCAUCUGACGCCUCGGGCUCAAGGCCGUACAGCGGGCGCUCGCCGGGAUGAGAUUCCCGAUUGUAGUUGUAGAUCGUUUGAAAUGUACCGUGCGUAUGUAAAUAAAUAUAACAAAAAAAUAAUAAUUAUAUAAAUAAUAAUUAAAAAAAAAAUAAAUUUAUAGUCAUUA